AUGGAGCAGGAUGCCGAGCUGUCCAACGAGAAGUGCAAUCUGCUGUCAGUGGCCUACAGGAACGUGUUCGGGGGCUGCAGGUACACCUGGAGGGAGCAUCUGGCAGUUUUCAUCUUGUAUAUUCACUUCCCACAUGAGUUCCUUAUUGCUUUUUUAUACUUAUUAUUAUAUCUCUUUUUAGUUUUCCUCACAGGAGAAAAAGCCAACUCAGUAUUAAAACGCUACCCAAGAGCCAAUGGGCUUUUUGAAGAAAUAAGACAGGGCAACAUUGAGCGUGAGUGCAAAGAAGAAGUCUGCACAUAUGAAGAAGCAAGAGAGGCUUUUGAAAAUCACGAAAAAACUAAAGAGUUUUGGAGUACCUACACAAAUGCACAACAAGGAGAGACCAAUAGAGGAAGUGACUGGUUUCAAUUUUAUCUUACAUUUCCAUUAAUCUUUGGCCUCUUCAUUAUUCUACUUGUCAUCUUCUUAAUCUGGAGAUGCUUUCUAAGAAACAAAACUCGAAGACAAACAGUUACUGAAAGCCACAUUCCUUUCCCUCAGCACCUUAACAUUAUUACUCCACCUCCUCCACCAGAUGAAGUUUUUGAUAACAGUGGUUUGUCUCCAGGCUUUUUGGAAUAUGUUGUUGGGCGCUCAGAUUCUGUCUCCACUCGCCUUUCCAACUGUGAUCCUCCACCGACCUAUGAGGAAGCUACUGGCCAGGUGAACUUGAGAAGGAAUGAAACAGAACCUCAUUUAGACCCACCACCAGAAUAUGAGGACAUAGUCAACUCUAGCUCAGCUAGUGCCAUUGCUAUGGUGCCUGUGGUCACCACCAUCAAAUGAAGCUGCAAACCUAUUUUUACUCUAAUCAUUUGUAACAAACUAACAGAAGAACUUUGUAGCACUUUACCACUACAUAAAUGUGCAUUGACUUAUUUUAUUAGACUCUUCCAGUAUACCACUACAC